AUGUUCUGGUAAAAAUUAGACACUAACUAAAAGCCUGUUAUGUAGUAGAAUAACAUCAAUAAAGUACUUUAACUUGAUAACUAAAAUAAAUCUAAGUUAAACGACUAGUAAUUCAACUGCGCUCAAUAAAAAUGCAGCCAACCCUAAUUAUAUAAUCUCUCAGUAAAAGCUUGUGUAUCUAAUGAAAUUUAAUCAUCUGAAAAUGCUUCAACUGAUGGCUCUUCCUGUUCAUAAAACAUGAAUUCUGCUGAUUCUUAGUAAUCUGGCAUCUAAAGUUAUGAAUGGAUCGAAAGUUCUUAAACUACUGCCCCUGUUGAAAUCUCUGGUCAAAGUACACUCUAAAAGACUUAAAGCAACGAAGAAACCUUCUUCCCAAGAGUUUUUUCUAACAAUAUGAUGGAUGUCUAAGAACCAACUGAAUUUUUAAAAAGACACGCAAUCACUGCAGCAAUGAGAGCUAAGAUGAUUGAUUGGAUGAUUGAAGUUCUUAAGGCUUACAAUUUCUCCGAAACUACUUUCUCCCUUUCCGUUGCCAUCAUGGAUGCUUACUUCGCAAAUGUAUAAAGAAGUUUAUAAGUUGAUGAGCUCCAUGCUAUUGGUAUUGUUAGCAUGUUCAUUGCUUCAAAAUAUGAAGAAAUUGUACCCUUUUCAUUAUAAAAGCUUUAUGAGAAGAUUGGUCACGAAAAGAUCAGUAUGUAAGUAUUAAAAUAGACUGAGGCAGAAAUCUUGAAUACCCUUAAUUUCAAUAUUUCCUUCCCUACCUUAGAUAUCUUAUCAAAUUUAAUGAUUAAGUAUCUUGAUUCUCAAGACUUCUUUAGCAGCUACACAUAAUAAUCCAAAGAGUUCUUCAAUUGCUUAAACGCAUACAUGUUCAAGCUCACCACAUUGGAUUAUGAAUAAUUAAUGAGUAAAUACAACUAUAAAACCCUCGCAGUAUGUUCUGUCUUUGUUUCAAUCUAAGUCAUGCAAUAGUUCUUCCCUUACUUUGAUUAAUUCAAAUAUGUAUUACCCUUCCUUGAUUUACUUGGAAUGACCUACGACCAAAUCAUAUAGCCUGCCUAAAGAAUACUUACUUUAGCUAAAACAUACGAUAAGCAUUUCAGUAGCCUUAAAAACCUUAAAAAAUACAAUUUAGAAGAGAUAAAUAGAAAAACUUCUCGUUGUUUCAAAAUUUGA